UAUUUUGUCGAUCAACGAUUUAUAAGGUCAAUGAGAUUAACCGGGAAUAUGAGAAUUGACCAGAAUUUACAGUGGUAGAGUAAAAGUGAGAUAAGUUGAGUAAGGUUGACGUGUCACAAGGAAGUCCCUCACUCCCGCUCUCCUUGAGUUAACUCCACGUCACCCUCAGUUAAAUCACUUCACUGUUCGCUACUGGUCACUGCUGACGUCCACCUGCUGGUCACUACGCCUCAUUAACUAGAGCAUGAGGUGGGGAGUAUUACUGGCCUUGGCCCUGGCCCUGGUGGAGGCUUUACCCGUCAAGGAGAAGAGACCUGAGGAACACAAGGAGGAGCAGCAGCAUAAGGAGGGUGAAGAACAGUCAGAGGAUUGGGAGUUAAAUUUGGAGUAUGGUCGAUAUCUCAAGGAAGUCGUACAAGCCCUGGAGAGCGACCCAAGCUUCAGGAAGAAAUUGGAGACGGCUGAGGUGGAUGAUAUCAAGUCUGGUAAGAUUGCUCGGGAACUGCACUUCGUGGACCACAACGUGCGUACUAAGCUGGAUGAGCUGAAGCGGCGAGAGCUUGAACGUCUCCGCCACCUGGCAGUCAGGGAACACGAGAAACAGACGGGCGUGGACCGCAACUUGCUGAAGGUCCCUGUCCAUAUAGACCACAAGAACCCCACGCGGUUUGAGGUGGAGGACUUGAAGAAGCUCAUCAUGAAGACCACAGAAGAUUUGGAGAAAGUCGAUGAACAGCGUCGCACUGAGUUCAAGACUUACGAGUUGGAGAAGGAGUUUGAGCGGCAACAGGAGCUGUCUGCGCUGGACGAGAGCCACCGCAAGACGGCUGAGACGCAGCACCAGGAUGAAGUGAAGAAACACAAACAGCAUUCCAAGUUACAUCACCCGGGCUCUAAACAACAGCUGGAGGAGGUUUGGGAGGAGCAGGAUCACAUGCAGCCUGAAGACUUUGACCCCAAGACUUUCUUCCAUCUUCACGAUCUGGAUGGGAAUGGCUUCUGGGAUGAAAUAGAAGUGAAAGCUCUGUUUAAGAAGGAACUGGACAAGAUGUACGAUCCUAAUGCCUCUGAGGACGACAUCAACGAACGCUACGAAGAGAUGGAGAGGAUGCGUGAACAUGUCUUUAAAGAAUCUGACAUUGACAAGGAUAAUCUGAUCAGCUUUAGAGAGUUUGUGGAUCAAACCAAGCGAGCAGAGUUUGAGCAGGACGGUGGGUGGCAGGGGCUGGACGAACAGGAGAUAUAUUCCCAACACGAAUAUGAGGAGUACGAACGUCAACGCCAAGAGGAGAUCAGGCGUCUUGUGGAGGCUGGAGCAAUCCCACCCCCACCCGGCUACCAUGGGCUGCCACCUGCCCAGCCAGCCAUAUACCAGGCUGGAGGACAUCCUGGGUCGUAUGCUGCCGCCCCUCAAGGACUGUCUCCCCCACAUGCUGUUCCUCAGCAUGGGCAGCCACCUCAGGUCCACCCUAAUGCUGUUCCUCAGGGGUACCAGGCAGCUCCUCAGGGGUACCAGGCAGUUCCUCAGGGGUACCAGGCAGUUCCUCAGGGGUACCAGGCAGUUCCCCAGGGGUACCAGGCAGUUCCCCAGGGGUACCAGGCAAUUCCUCAGGGGUACCAGCAGGUGCAGUUUGCUCCUCAAGGGGUUCCUUACCAGCAGGUCCCAGCUCAACCUGGUCAACACCCCCAGGGACAGGUUCAGCAAGGUCAGCCCUCUGCAGGACAGGUUCAACAGGGUCAGCCACCCCAAGGAAAUAUACAAGGUCAGCCUCCCCAAGGGCAAGUUGUACAGGGUCAGCCCCCACAAGGUCAUCUUCCCCAAGGACAAGUCGCUCAAGGUCAGCCAGCUCAAGGACAGGUUGUAAAUGUUCAACCGGCCCAAGGACAGGUCGUGCAGGGUCAGUUUGUACAAGGUCAAGUUCCCCAAGGACAAGGUGUACAAGGUCAGCCUGCCCAAGGACAGGUCUUACAAGGUCAACCUCCUCAAGGUCAGGUAGUACAAGGUCAACCUCCUCAAGGUCAAGUACCUGCUGUAGGUCAGGUUGGUCAAAACCCUCCACCAGUAGCAGGCAAUAAUGUGGGCGGACAGCCCAGAGCUGGAAAGUAAAGUCUUAAUGACAGUUCCUCAAGCCCCUGGACACGACAAUGACUAUCUCCACAAGACGGCUUAUUUACUUGCAAACACACUGAUGCAUGGAUCACAACCAUAACCCUGGUGAUGUUUAGCUUCAGGUGAUGGUUGAUUGACUUAAACUGUUAAGAAGCCAAAGGUUUGUUCUGUUGUUUUGAUAUGUCUCUUCAUGAUGUGGUUGUCUUAACACCAGGAAGCAGGUGUCUACCACUAAUUCUUAUUAUAAAUAUUAUGCCGAGAUAAUCGGAGAAGUGGAACUCUGAAUGUGGGGAUCUGUAAUGCGCUUGUGGUAAAUGAAGAAGGAUGCAUGUGAGGGACACUAGCUGAGGGUAGCUGUAGCCUAUAUAAGGUACAUGGCUGAUACAGUACACGGCAUGGUACAACUUGUCAGUACAGGUACAAUCACCUGCACUUAUUCCAGAAACAGUGAGUGGCGCAUUUUGUGAGAUAUGAGUUGUGUAGAAUGCUUACCUAGCAUCUUGAGUCUGGCUACUAUUGUAAGGUUUCUGAGGGCCAUUCCAGGAGUUUUAAUACAAUGUAAACAAACACAGUUGCCACAUCUCGCAAAAUAUGCCAGCCAGUGUACAAAGUAUAAGUGCAGGUGACUGUACAUACAGACUUUUAAGUCACUUCUGAGAGAAUUUUGUGUUACUCUUUUUAUUAAGUUACAAUGUAUAGCAAUGAUCAAAUAAUGUUUUUACUUUUGUUUAAAAUAGAUGUACUGUAUUGUGGUAUAGUAGUUUUGGCUGUCUGGUCUGUAUAAACUUAUCAUCCAAAUGAAAAUUCUCAGUAGGCGUUUUGCAGAAUAUCAAGUUCAAGUCUUUAUCAGUUGCCAAGGUCUAAACUGAACAUCAGAUAUGGCAACAGGUGUAUGGUGUGCUACUUAAUGUUGUCAUCACCACCACAGCAGUUGUUUUAGAGGGUUUUAUUAUGCGAGUAUUGUUGGGGGGAAGUGUAAAGAAAUAGCUGCUAUACAUGGUGGCUGGAGGAUCACCGUGUACAGUAUACUGUGUUUACAUUUAAAUUACUUUUGUAUACAUAUUUUGUCACCGGACAAUUUCAUCACCGUUUUUAUGGCUUAUUAAAACUUUUAAAAGUAAUUUACUUGAAAAAACUUUGAAUUUUCUUCCUGUUCAGUAAUUUAAUAGUUUUUGGUAAUGUGGAUGCUAAACUAUUUAUUUUUUUUAAGAAUUAUGUUGUCCACAUGAUAUUUCCUUAUUCUUCAAAAGACACAUUUUUCUGGGGCAGGAGUUUGGUCUGCCCCAAGCGUAACUAAUUCAUGAUACCUUAAAGAGCCAUGGAUGAUCAUCUCCAGUUGUGGCUUCAGAUUUAUGUGUCCACUUGUCACACCGUAAUAAGAAUGGCUGACACUGACCAUCUCUGAGGUGGAUAUUCUGUUCUGUGAUUUUGUCAUUGACUUUGUAUCUUUUGUCUGUAAAAAAAUGACUACUGUAGUAUUUUUGAUAGACUUGUACCGUAGUUGUUAAAAAUUUGACAGUGGAGCACACUCAAAUUUCUAUGUUUGGUAUUUAGAGUAAUACAGUACAGUAUUUAGCUUUAUACUAUUUAAAAAAAAUGAGCUGUCACCUGUAAUGUAGCAAAUGUUGAGGAAUUUUACAACUAUGUUUGCAUAAAAAUUAAGUUAACUAUAAAUUUAAAAGUAACAGUAGAGUGAUUAAGAAAGGAGGAGGAGGUAGAUUCUGGUAGUUAUAAAUUCUUUCUUUCCUACAGACAACAGUGCUUCCAAUUUUAAUUGGUAAAGAACUAGCACAAAUUUUAACGUGGCAGAGAUGUCUCGGUGCUUUAUGUUACGAGGCCUCCAUGGUGUAAGGUUAAUUGAUAGGUUUAUAAUUGAUGUACCUCUGGUCUUACCUUGAGGCCAGACCGGGUUGUCGCUGUCUUCUCCUUCCCAGUAGUGUCUGGCAGUGGCACUCCGGUUAGGGCUGCCCUUCACACCAUUGGCUGAAAAUUUCUUGGAAAAUGCAAUGUACUGUACAGUACUUACUUCUUUAUAAUUUAUCUUUUCAUAUUUUCCCCCAAAAAAUGUUUAAUAUGACACUGAUGAAGAUAACUUUUUUGAUAGUUGAAGAGCACAGGAUAUGAAGAGGUCUUAUUACAUACUGUAUUGGGUGAAGAUGAACCAAGCUUACAAUACUCAGCAUCUGCCAUAUCGGGUACUGUGUUUAUUUAUUUAUUUAUUUAUUGUUUAUUUCAAUGAUCACAAAUUCAGCCAUAAAUAUUUGCCAGUACCUGUAGUUACAAUUAAUGGAAUUUUAUUUUUGAGUCCAAAUAAUCUUGAUAAUUAAUGUAAUAAUGUAGACUUAAAAAACAAACUGGAUUGCAGUACACAAAUGCAUCAUUUGGAUAUUUAUUAAUUUAUCUUUUCUUGUGUUAAACUGAUCUGCAAAUUAUUGAAUUACAUCUUCGAGUUAUAAGAUUUAUGCGAGAAUUUGCUGAUCUUCAAUGUUAUAAGACAUACAAGAAGAUGUUACAGAUUAUGGUACAAUAGUUAGAUGGCUGCAUAAUGUUAGUGUCAAAAGGGGUUUGUGAAUUGAGUUUGUGUUGCAUUUUAUUCUAGAAUCUCAGUUGGAGAAUUAACAUUAGUGUCAGUAGAGUGUUUUAGCCUGCACAACAACCUGGGGAUGUGUUUCAAAGGUUAGUGACUUGGAGAGCAUCUUGGUAUUUCUGAUAUGUUGUGGAGCACUAUACAAUACUGUACUAUACCUUGUAGACACCAUCAAUGAGUACAGUGGUGUCACAUCUCUCUAUCAUAUUUCUAUAUAAACUAUUGAGUAUAAUGACUAUACCCAUAACCAGUGUGUACAAUGUAAGUCCAAAAGUAUGAUAUUUAACCCAAAGAAAUGUAAUAAGUUACUUUUGUGAGGGGCAGAGGGAUCACAUAACACAUUUUUUUCUUACAGUACAGUUGGUAGUGCCACUGUGUGUAUUCUCUGUUGAGUGUAACUCCCAAACACUUUAUGAGACAUUUAAUUAUUACUCAGCUGGCUGUGAAAUUUGCUGUUUGACCAAUAAUUUGCUUCUAGAUAUUUUAGGAAAUAAUGAGAUAUUACUUACUGGAGAACACACACACAAUGGUUAAUUCAUAUGAGUCAGUCAGUCAUGGUGCAUCAGCUGUAACACUGCAUAAUGGAACACACGCUAUGACUACACCAGGAAGUAAAAGUAGCAUUGUAGCUAUACAGUAAAACCUCCACAUAAAGGAUUUCUCUGUAUAAUCCAUUAGAUGAAGGGUUCACAUUUAAUGUACCCUUGAUAUAAUGGACUUUCCUCUCCAUACAAUCCAUUUAGAGGUUUUACAAUAGAGGUAAUUUGUGAACAGGAAAGCUUCAACUUUGUACCAUGGAUGGAGUUUGGUGGUUAACUGUGCCAAACACAACAUUAGAAUUACCAGGUGGACAAACACCCGAAUUUGUAGCUUUUACUCGUGUAGGUUACACAGUGAUCUGGAGGAGGAUCACAUGUGUGUAUUGGGAUCCUCAUCUACAACAUUAUUCACAACUAUGGCAUAAAGACUUGUAUCCUGGGGUCUUGUCAGGUGUUAGUCAAUCUCUGCAGCAGCUCGGUAAUGUGUUUGUUUCUUUCAUUAUCCAAUAAUUAAGGGUAAUGUCAAAUUGUUUUCCUCUAGACCUCAGUCACUACACUACUCUUCUCAGGUGUUUUUAAUACACUAUACUGGUAGAUUUCACAACUGUGUAUGUAAUCAUAGUGACAUCAGAUUUGUCUAGAUUUUAAAUGAUUAUCAUGUUGUAUGUGGAUAAUAUAUGUAUGGCACAGUAAAUAAACCCAUAAUUAUUACCUAAAUAAAUGGGAAAUAUAUUUUUGGUCAAGGUGAUGUCUUUUUAUCUUGAGAGGCAGAAGAGCUAUUUUGAAAAAAGUUAAUUGAUUCUUUUAUCUUCGGGUAGAUAACUCGCAUACGAAUAUUUUUUCCUGUUAAUUCUUCUUUGCAUAAUGUGUCAGCCUGGCAAUCUUCCCCCUGGUAGUGUACAGGAGAUGAAUAACAAACACUGUGGAUCAACUGUAUAGUACUGUGUUAUGAAGACAGCCAAAUGUUGACUUAUUUAUAUCAAUGUGAAUACUGUAUUAUGGGAUUUGUUGAUGUACAAGAUAGUUGUUGUAUCUUUUAUGACAACUAAUGUUCUCAUGCUCAUUAAAUUUUACUCUUGAACAAAAUAAAAUUUCUUUUUUUGAAAUUAAGAGUUGAAAAGUUUCUUACUUUGUUAGAAACACUUCGAGGGAUACAAGCGCACCCAUGGUGGUGUGUCUUUAGGUUGAAUAACAAAGUAUAGUAUUAGGUUCAGUUCUGUAUUCACAAUUAAAUUACAACUACUCAGCAUGAUGGAAUUUGUGUGACCUGUUAGAUUCUAUUGCACAAAUCAGUACAGUACAGUUAAGUGAUAUAUUACACUAUAUCCAAACAUUAACAUAUUUCCUAUGAUUAAAUUGAAUAACAGUGAUUAACAGUUCUCCGUCAUGGCAAUUCACUCUUAUCUCACAAUAUUAUGUUGUUUCUUUGCAUCUAAAGUCAGGUUCUGGUGUUGACUGUAGGCCACUCAUGCUGUAUGUGUUACCUUAUAUAGUAAUUCUUAUACUGUAUUAAAAUAAGUUUUAUAUGAACAUAAAAUUAAGGAUUACAACUAUUCACAUUCCAUGGUAUAUUGUUUAAUCGGGUGGAUAGUCAGUGUUGUGAAGCAUGAACAGGGCAGCACACUACAUGGUGAUAGUCGGGUGUUCUGUUGACGCCCCGGACCCAGAACCUAACCUAACCAAACUUUACACAAACAAAUCCAUAAUUAUUGUAUGAAAAUUUGGGUUCAGUUCACAAAUCCGAGUUAGUAAUAUUAGUUUUGUCCUUCUGUCUAGUGUAUUAAAGGUGCAUCACUUGAAGGUGUUGUGUAAAUUGAUGACUGAUGCAGAUGUUCCUGGACAGAUGAUUCUGAAGUGGUAUGAAAACAUUUGAAAUACUUGAUGUGAUCCACCUCCUGGGACUGAUGGUGGUGUUAUAUGGUAUCUUGGACCGACAGCUCCUUGUGUACUGUAUGUUGUGUUUUAGAUUGUUGCUGUGUUAUUUUUUAAUUAAAUUUCAGAGGUUUAGUUAUUUUUCAGUAAUCUUUGUAAACAGAAUAUUGUUUAUUUUAUGAAAAUGUAUUGUUUAUAAGUGGAAUGUUUAUAGGAAGAUUAUGAAUGAAAUAAACUUGAAUUUUAUAUUA